CUCCGGCUCUCCUCCCUCCCUCCUCCCCCCUCCACCCUCUGGGCCGGAUCUCGUCUCGCUGAGGCGGAGGAGGAGAAGGAGGAGGAGGAGGACGUUCGGCCUGCGCAGUGAGAUGUUUGUCCGUCGCCGCCGCCGCCGCCAUCGCGGAGGAGCGCGAUAAAGGGAGCCGAGCCGGUCGAGAGGAGGACCCCGCGGAGCCGCCCCGCCAGCGCAGUCCCCCAGCCGAGCCCGAGCCGCCGGAGCCCGAGCCGCCGCCGCCCCCGCCGCGGCCGCCCAGGGGCCGGCCAGCUCCCCAGCCCAGCCCGGGGGCCGCCGCCGCCGCCGCCCCCAGCGUCGCCCCUCGCCUGCCCGCCCGCCUUAAAUGUGACACCGGCGCCUCGGAGUGCGACCCGAAGCCGCCGCCGGGGAGGGGACGAGCACCAUGUCGAAUCUGAGCAAAGGCACGGGCAGCCGGAAGGACACCAAGAUGCGGAUCCGGGCCUUUCCGAUGACCAUGGAUGAAAAAUAUGUAAACAGCAUUUGGGACCUUCUGAAAAAUGCAAUUCAAGAAAUCCAGCGUAAGAAUAACAGUGGUCUUAGUUUUGAGGAGCUCUAUAGAAAUGCAUAUACAAUGGUUUUGCAUAAACAUGGAGAAAAGCUCUACACUGGACUAAGAGAAGUUGUUACCGAACAUCUCAUAAAUAAGGUGCGAGAAGAUGUACUAAAUUCAUUGAAUAACAACUUUCUUCAAACGCUAAAUCAAGCUUGGAAUGAUCAUCAGACAGCUAUGGUGAUGAUUAGAGACAUAUUAAUGUAUAUGGACCGUGUAUAUGUACAACAAAAUAAUGUGGAGAAUGUCUACAAUUUGGGAUUAAUUAUUUUUCGAGAUCAAGUUGUACGUUAUGGGUGUAUUAGGGAUCACCUACGACAAACGCUAUUGGACAUGAUUGCAAGAGAGCGGAAAGGAGAAGUUGUAGACCGAGGCGCAAUAAGAAAUGCUUGCCAGAUGUUAAUGAUUUUAGGUCUCGAAGGACGAUCAGUCUAUGAAGAAGAUUUUGAGGCUCCUUUUUUGGAAAUGUCUGCAGAGUUUUUUCAGAUGGAAAGCCAGAAAUUUUUAGCAGAAAACAGUGCUUCGGUAUAUAUAAAGAAAGUAGAAGCUAGAAUUAAUGAAGAAAUAGAACGGGUGAUGCACUGCCUUGACAAAUCAACUGAAGAGCCAAUUGUAAAGGUGGUUGAGAGGGAACUCAUUUCCAAGCACAUGAAAACUAUAGUAGAAAUGGAGAAUUCUGGACUAGUACACAUGUUGAAAAAUGGGAAGACAGAAGACCUUGCUUGCAUGUACAAGUUAUUUAGUCGUGUGCCAAAUGGUUUGAAAACGAUGUGUGAGUGUAUGAGUUCCUAUUUGAGGGAACAAGGUAAAGCCCUUGUUUCUGAAGAAGGAGAAGGAAAGAAUCCCGUUGACUAUAUCCAGGGCUUAUUGGAUCUGAAGAGUAGGUUUGAUCGCUUCCUCCAGGAAUCGUUCAAUAACGACCGGCUCUUUAAACAAACUAUCGCGGGUGACUUUGAGUAUUUUCUCAACCUCAACUCUAGGUCCCCUGAAUACCUCUCAUUAUUUAUUGAUGAUAAGCUGAAAAAGGGAGUCAAAGGGCUAACAGAACAAGAAGUAGAAACAAUAUUGGAUAAGGCAAUGGUCCUUUUUAGGUUUAUGCAAGAAAAAGAUGUAUUUGAACGUUAUUAUAAACAACACUUGGCAAGGAGACUUCUCACAAAUAAAAGUGUUUCUGAUGACUCUGAAAAAAAUAUGAUUUCUAAAUUAAAGACUGAAUGUGGAUGUCAAUUCACAUCAAAACUGGAAGGAAUGUUUAGGGAUAUGAGCAUCUCAAACACAACUAUGGAUGAGUUCAGGCAGCAUCUACAGGCAACUGGGGUAUCUUUAGGUGGGGUUGAUCUCACAGUCCGGGUGCUCACAACAGGAUAUUGGCCCACUCAGUCAGCCACACCAAAGUGCAACAUCCCGCCAGCACCAAGACAUGCUUUUGAGAUAUUCAGAAGGUUUUACUUAGCCAAACACAGUGGUCGACAGCUUACACUCCAGCAUCAUAUGGGUUCUGCGGAUCUCAAUGCCACCUUUUAUGGACCAGUUAAAAAGGAAGAUGGCUCUGAAGUUGGUGUUGGAGGGGCACAAGUAACUGGCUCUAAUACGCGGAAGCAUAUAUUGCAAGUAUCCACUUUCCAGAUGACCAUAUUAAUGCUCUUCAAUAAUAGAGAAAAAUAUACAUUUGAGGAAAUUCAACAAGAGACAGAUAUCCCUGAAAGAGAGCUUGUUAGAGCCCUGCAGUCCCUCGCCUGUGGUAAACCAACACAGCGGGUUCUCACGAAGGAACCCAAGUCAAAGGAAAUAGAAAAUGGCCAUAUAUUUACAGUUAAUGAUCAGUUCACAUCCAAACUACAUAGAGUCAAGAUUCAAACAGUUGCUGCCAAACAAGGUGAAUCUGACCCAGAAAGGAAAGAAACAAGGCAGAAAGUAGAUGACGACAGAAAACAUGAGAUAGAAGCUGCUAUAGUGCGGAUAAUGAAAUCUAGAAAGAAGAUGCAGCACAAUGUGUUAGUGGCAGAGGUAACUCAGCAGUUGAAGGCUCGAUUCUUACCAAGUCCAGUGGUUAUUAAGAAACGUAUUGAAGGACUUAUUGAGAGAGAAUAUUUGGCACGAACACCUGAGGAUCGCAAAGUAUACACAUAUGUAGCAUAAAAUGCGUUCAGAAAUUUGAUUUGUUAUUGGACUGUACUCUUCGCAUGGACUGGGAAGUUCUUUUAAAUCAUUAAAUAUUAAGAAGACCAUCUCUUCUAUUAAAUUACAGUACCUGUUCUAGACCAUUCAGAUCAAGCCUUUACUCCCGUUGAGAGUUUUCAACACCAGUUGAUUGAGCUUCAGGCUUUGCAACGUUUAUCCCUGUAGAGAUCAUCUUUACAGUUCCUCGGGAAAAUGUGAAUGUGCUGCGUUUUGUUUUCAAUACUGUAUGAAAACAGGAAAAAAUAAAACAGAAAUUUAGAAAAUACAGCUCAUUAAAAUAAAAUUGUUGGAUUUCAUUUC